UUUCAGUGUGAUGAAAAACGAGAGUUUACAAGAAAAACGAUAACGGAUUUUUAAUCACCUUUUAAUAUUCCGAGAGGAUUUCCACAAGAUUUCCGGAUAUUUAUUGUUAAUUAGUUUCUUAAAAUCCUUCUUUAUUAACACUCACAUGAAACAAAAGAAAUAUAUGUGAAUAACAUUGCCAAAAAGCCAAAACAUAAUAUAAAAUUGAACAACAAAACGCCAAAAAAAUAAUUUAAUUUUAAAUUUUUUUAUAAAAAUAAAUUAAAUUUAUAGGAAUUUAUGAAUUAUAUAAUAUGUGUAAAAUUUUGAAAAGAACAAACAUUCUACACACACACAUGUAAAAUAUUAUUUUUAUUAUCUUGUUAAAACGCAUAAAAAUAGGUCAUGGGUGUGUAAAACGCUACAACAGCUUAAUCGAUGUUAACAAUAUACACAUACAUGUUUAGUAUUAUAUAUAAUACAAAAUAAAAUGUACUCGUGUACAUAAAAGAAUAAUUUAUAUAUAAAAAUAUUCAUUAAAGUUUAUAUACCCUUUUUUUUACAAUAAUUCACAAUAAUAUAAAUGUCAAUGUUAACACAUUAUUUAACACACAAAUACAAUUAAAUAUUGCGUUUAAUGUUAGCCGAAAAGGAUAAUACGAUUUGAACAGCAAAGAAAAAAAAAUAUAAUUUUAAAUGAGAAUUUAUUGAAACAAGAGGAAAAAGGAGGAAGAAAUAAAGAAAAUGUAUAUGUAUGUACAAUAAAAGAAGAUGAAAGAAAAUUAAGAAUAAUAAAAAAAACAAUAAAUAUUAAUAAAAUGGUGAAAAUAUAUAGAAAACAUAUUGAGACAAAAAUAUAACAAAACACACACACGUAAACAAACAAAUCAAUUGAAUUGUUAUACAAGGAAAUUUAUAAUAAGAAAACAAGAAAGAGAAAAUCUCAAAUUCGACCAAAAAUAAAACACCACAAACAAAAUAUUACUAUCACAGGAUUUUAAAAUAAUUUUUAUUAUAAAAUAUUUAAAAAUGAAAAAUAUAAAUUUAAAAUAUUAUUUAAGAAAUCCUUCAGAGCAUUCUGAAACGAAUAAUUAUAAAAAUUUGUUAUGUUUUUCUGCCAUUCUGGAAAUGAAGUAUUUUAUGGAAAAUUACAAAAAUAAUAAACAUUUAGAAAACUUUUAAAAUAAAAUUAUAAAUUAUAUGUAUUUAGUAUAACUGUUAUAAUUUUUUAAACAGUUAUAUUAUAUAAAUAUACAUAAAAGAAAAAACAUUAUUGUAUAAUAUUUUAUUUUAAAUAAAAUAUUAAAUUUGUUAUUCUAAAGGAAGUAAUAAUAUAUAAAGCUAUAAAACUGGAGAACGUUAUCAGGAAAAAGAAAAAGACCAUAACUCUGGCUAAUAUGAGAAUUUCUCCGACUACUGGUGAAACAAUAAGAGCCUGGCUGUUAUCAGCUCUUGUGGUUCAUGGUGCUGUCGCUGGUAAUCCGGAUGCAAAAAGACUGUACGAUGAUUUAUUAAGCAAUUAUAAUAAAUUAGUUCGACCAGUUGUUAAUACAACAGAUGUACUAAAAGUUUGUAUUAAACUAAAAUUAUCACAACUGAUCGAUGUGAAUCUAAAAAAUCAGAUUAUGACAACGAAUCUGUGGGUCGAACAGUCUUGGUACGAUUACAAAUUGCGAUGGGAACCAAAGGAAUAUGGAGGAGUUCAUAUGUUACAUGUACCAUCAGAUCAUAUCUGGCGUCCAGAUAUUGUGUUAUAUAACAAUGCUGAUGGUCAUUAUGAAGUAACACUUAUGACAAAAGCAACAGUUUAUAACAAUGGACUGGUGAUAUGGCAGCCACCAGCCGUUUACAAAUCAUCAUGUUCAAUUGAUGUAGAAUAUUUUCCAUAUGAUGUUCAAACAUGUGUUUUAAAAUUAGGAAGUUGGACAUACGAUGGUUUCAAGGUUGAUUUAAGGCAUAUGGAUGAACAGCAAGAUAGUAACAUUGUUGAUAUUGGUGUUGAUUUAUCAGAAUUUUAUAUGUCAGUUGAAUGGGAUAUAUUAGAAGUACCUGCUGUAAGAAACGAAAAGUUUUAUACUUGCUGUGAUGAACCAUAUUUGGAUAUUACAUUUAAUAUUACUAUGAGGAGAAAAACUCUGUUCUACACAGUGAACAUCAUUAUACCAUGCAUGGGAAUAUCGUUCCUGACGGUUUUAACAUUUUAUUUGCCAUCAGACAGUGGAGAAAAGGUUACGUUAUCAAUAUCAAUUCUUAUUAGUCUUCAUGUGUUCUUUUUGCUGGUUGUUGAAAUUAUUCCACCAACAUCGCUAGUGGUGCCUUUGCUUGGAAAAUACCUUAUAUUUGCUAUGAUAUUAGUAUCAAUAAGUAUAUGUGUUACGGUUGUUGUAUUAAAUGUUCACUUCCGUUCACCUCAAACACAUCGGAUGGCACCUUGGGUUAAAAGGAUAUUCAUAAAUUUUCUACCGAAAUUCCUUUUUAUCAAAAGACCUCAGUAUAAUUUUGAAACAAAUAGAUUAUUGUUAAAGGAUUCUCAUGCCUGCUUCUAUCCUUAUUAUUCGACCACAAAUCUUGAUCGUAGCCCAACUCGAUAUAGUCGAACACCAUCAAAAGAAGAUUUGUCACCAAGUAGUUUAACUGGUACUGGUCCAUUUGGAGGAAGUUGUCAAAUACAUGGACCUAUACCACCUAUACCACAUUCUGAAUCAGAUGAUUUAACUGCCGUACCAGAUUUAGAUAUGGGACAACCACCGACAUCAGGUAUCAAAAGUCCAAUUAUUAAUAAUCCAGCAUUUUCACAUUCAAAAUGUCCACCGAGAGUGCAUAGAAGUUGUUUCUGUGUACGUUUUAUUGCAGAACAUACAAAAAUGCAAGAAGAUUCAACAAAAGUGAAAGAAGAUUGGAAAUAUGUUGCAAUGGUAUUAGAUCGUUUAUUUUUAUGGAUAUUUACAUUAGCAGUAUUAGCUGGUACAGCUGGAAUAAUAUUACAAGCUCCAACAUUAUACGAUGACAGAAUUCCAAUUGAUACAACAUUUUCAGAUUUUGCUGCAACAGCGACAGCUGGAAAAUGUCGUCCACCUCAAUAGCAGUUUUAUUUUAAAAAAAUUUUUUAUAACUACUACUAUAAUUAUUAUUAUUACUAUUAUUAUUAUUAUAAUGGUUUUUUCCCAAAAUUUUUAUGUGUAAUAGGAAUGAGUGCCUGUGUUAUGGUGUCUGAUAUAAGAAAACAAAAUAAAACAAAAGUUGUUCAUUUAUUUUUAAAUUAAUUAUUAUUAAUUAUUAUUAUUAUUAUUAUAUAUAAUUAAAAACAUUACAUAUUAUAUAAAAAAAAACAAUAUUAUAUAAAUCGAUCAAUUACAUAAAAAAAAAAAUAAAAAAAAAAAUAUAUAAGUAAAUUAAAAAUUAGUGAAAAGAGAAAUGCAAUGAAAAAAGUGAAUAGAAAUUAAAUGGAUUUUUUUUGUCGAUUUUUAAAACAAAAUCUAUAUAAAAAUUAACAAUUUGCUUUAGAACUUUAAAUUGUAAAAUAAAUUUUUAGAAUAUUUUUAAUUUUUGUAAAAAAAAAAUUAAAAAAAAAAAUCACGGUAAAAAAGUCAAAAACUUGAAACAAACCAUGUGGUUACAAAAAAUUAAAAAAAAAAAACAAAUAUACAAAAAAAAAAUGUUACCUACUUUUAAUACCACCCACAAUACUUACAACUUACACAAUAUUUUGUUUCAUCAACAUUAAAUAUUCUAUAAAUUUACUAUUGCAUUUGUGAAGUUCUAAUAGCUUUUAAAUAAAAUUUUAAUAAAAUAUGUGGAGGAUACUAACAUUAUUGCAAUACAUACAUAUAUCUAUGCAUUUAUGAACAUAUAAACAUACAUACAUAAUGCUAUACAAAUUCAAUACAUUUGAUUGUUCAAAACUUCUAAUUACCUAGCUAUGUAUAUGAUACUUCUAUCUUAUUGCGUAUUGCAUAUUGCAUUAUAAGCGUUUUAAUCGUCAUUAAUUUAAAUUUCGAUUUAGAUUUAUUUUGUUUCACUUUUCACAUAUAUAAUAUGUAUGUGACAUUAAAUUCACAUUCAUUGAUUUCAUUUUAUUUAAACAGUUAUAAGAAAAUUUAAGUUUCUUCAUACCAUUUCGAAAUUUAAUUUAUACCUUGUACUUAAAUCGAAAUUAAAAGCCUUAUUGGAAGAAAAUGAGCUAUAAAAUAAUGUUCAGAGAACCAAAAGUUGUUCAAUUUUUAAAUUACAAAAUUUCUAAAAAGAGGUUGCUCCUAUUUAUAAUUUAUGAAUAGGGAAUAUGAAAAAUGCUAUUGCAAUUACAAUUGCAAAAUAUUAUAGAAUUUCGAGUACAAACGAAUCGAUUAUUAAUUGCGAGUAUCUACGAGUAUACAUUUCUCAAAAUACGAGAAUUAAAAUAUAAAUAAAUAUACAACGAAAUACAUACUCGUAUACUUAUAGACAAAACAACUUGAAAUGCUUUUUAUUUCGAAUUUGUUUUGUAGGCAUAUACGAAAUUCUUUAUGCAUUGUCUUACUUGCUUUACAUUGUACCAAAAACAUUUAAAAAAAAAAUUAAUUUCAAGAAAUAUAGCAAUAUUUUACUGUUAUAAAUGGUAUCCUCCAUUUUAAAGAAAAGAA